GCUCGGAGCUCAGAAACUGCCAGCCGAGAUCACAGGCUCUGGGGCUGAAGCAGGAGGCAGGAUGGACUGAAAGGAAAAGAGGCAGGUUAGAGGGGAGAGGCUUGGGAAGGAAACAGCAGAAAAGAAACCGCUCGCUGUGUUUACAGCAAAGCAAGGGACGGUCGGGUUGAGGACGCAGACAAGACUGUGAAAGCCAAGAAAUGCAAAUAGAGCCAAAGAGGGGAGAAAAUGUCAAGAGGAACGUCCACCCGGGGAAAUGAAGAGAAUGAAAGUUUUAUGCUGCAGAACGGCCCCGUGUUUUUCCGGCACCAAAUUCUCUCGCUGUCUCUGAGCCCGCUCGCGUUUGCAAGCCAUUGACAUCAAGAGGCAUGUUCAGCGGUGCCGGCAGCAUCUCUUCUUCCUUCUCUUCCUCUUCAUCGUCCUCCUCCUCCUCUUCUUCCUCCUCCACGUUCUCCUCCUAUCAGGAAGAAGACAAACCUAGGACAGUCUUGAAAUAUCGAAAUUUCCUCCUUGGGAUUUGCCAGCGCCGCGUUGCGCCAAGACUGUCGGAAUAAAGGAGGCUGACUAUUGUAUUAUCGUUAUUUUAUUAAUUGGUCAGUGGGAAGAUUACAUCUGAGCAGAGGGGACAUCUGUCACCCUUUCUGCGUUAAGAUUGAAAAAUGAGGCUGGAUUUGGGGAAGCUCUAAAAUGAAGUAAAAAGGAAUAAAAAUUUUAAGACAGCCACAGAAGCCCCCAACGUAGCACGCUAUUUUAUUUAUAUUUUUGAGAUUAUUAUUUCUUUUGGUAGUGGGGGAGGUAAUCGGGUGGCUAACUGGCUACGGGGGAGCAGCUUCCUUUCCUUUGGAGAUGAUUGUGCUGUUAUUCUUUGCCUUGCUCUGGAUGGUGGACGGAGUCUUUUCCCAGCUUCAUUAUACAGUGCAGGAGGAGCAGGAACAUGGCACUUUCGUGGGGAAUAUCGCGGAAGAUCUGGGCUUGGACAUUACAAAACUUUCAGCUCGCAGGUUUCAGACUGUGGCCAACUCACGGACCCCUUACUUGGACCUCAAUCUGGAGACCGGGGUUCUGUAUGUAAACGAAAAGAUCGACCGCGAGCAGAUCUGCAAGCAGAGCCCCUCUUGUGUCCUGCACCUAGAGGUCUUCCUGGAGAAUCCGCUGGAGCUGUUCCGAGUGGAGAUCGAAGUGCUGGACAUCAAUGACAACCCUCCCUCCUUCCCGGAGCCGGACCUGACAGUAGAGAUCUCAGAGAGCGCCACGCCAGGCACCCGCUUUCCCUUGGAGAGCGCCUUCGACCCAGACGUGGGGACUAACUCAUUGCGAGACUAUGAGAUAACCCCGAAUAGCUACUUCUCGCUAGACGUGCAGACCCAAGGAGAUGGCAACCGAUUCGCCGAGCUGGUGCUGGAGAAGCCACUGGACCGAGAACAGCAAGCGGUGCACCGCUACGUGCUGACCGCGGUGGACGGGGGAGGAGGGGGAGGAGGAGGGGAAGGAGGGGGAGGCGGUGGGGGAGCCGGCCUGCCCCCCCAGCAGCAGCGCACUGGCACGGCCUUGCUCACCAUCCGAGUACUCGACUCCAACGACAAUGUGCCGGCGUUCGACCAACCCGUCUACACUGUGUCCCUACCAGAGAAUUCACCCCCUGGCACUCUAGUGAUCCAGCUCAAUGCCACCGACCCUGAUGAAGGCCAGAACGGCGAGGUCGUGUACUCAUUUAGCAGUCACAUUUCUCCCAGGGCUCGAGAGCUCUUUGGACUGUCGCCUCGCACCGGCCGGCUGGAGGUGAGCGGCGAGCUGGACUAUGAAGAGAGCCCAGUGUACCAGGUCUAUGUCCAAGCCAAGGAUUUGGGUCCCAAUGCUGUGCCUGCACACUGCAAGGUGCUAGUGAGAGUCCUGGAUGCCAACGACAACGCACCAGAGAUCAGCUUCAGCACCGUGAAAGAGGCAGUGAGCGAGGGUGCGGCCCCUGGCACCGUGGUGGCUCUGUUCAGCGUGACCGAUCGAGACUCAGAGGAGAAUGGGCAGGUGCAGUGCGAGCUGCUGGGAGACGUGCCGUUCCGCCUCAAGUCUUCUUUCAAGAAUUACUACACUAUCGUGACCGAAGCCCCUUUGGACCGAGAGGCUGGGGACUCCUACACCCUGACAGUGGUGGCCCGCGACCGGGGCGAACCUGCACUCUCCACCAGUAAGUCGAUCCAGGUUCAAGUGUCAGAUGUGAACGACAAUGCGCCGCGCUUCAGCCAGCCGGUCUACGACGUGUAUGUGACAGAAAACAACGUGCCGGGAGCCUACAUUUACGCGGUGAGCGCCACGGACCGCGACGAAGGGGCCAAUGCCAAAUUAACCUACUCUAUCCUCGAGUGCCAGAUCCAGGGCAUGAGCGUCUUCACCUACGUGUCCAUCAACUCAGACAACGGCUACUUGUACGCCCUGAGAUCCUUCGACUAUGAGCAGAUCAAGGACUUCAGCUUUCAGGUGGAAGCCCGGGACGCCGGCAGCCCCCAGGCGCUGGCAGGCAACGCCACAGUCAACAUCCUGAUUGUAGAUCAGAACGACAACGCCCCCGCCAUCGUGGCGCCCCUGCCGGGGCGCAACGGGACUCCAGCCCGCGAGGUGCUGCCGCGCUCUGCAGAGCCGGGCUACCUGCUCACUCGCGUGGCCGCAGUGGACGCGGACGACGGCGAGAACGCCAGGCUCACCUACAGCAUCGUGCGGGGCAACGAAAUGAACCUAUUCCGCCUGGACUGGCGCACCGGAGAGCUCCGCACUGCGCGCCGGGUCCCAGCCAAGCGCGACCCCCAGCGGCCUUACGAGCUGGUGAUCGAGGUGCGCGACCACGGGCAGCCACCCCUGUCCUCCACAGCCACCCUGGUUGUUCAGCUGGUGGAUGGAGCCGUGGAGCCCCAGGGCGGGGGCGGGGGAGGAGGCGGAGGGCCAGGGGAGCACCAGCGCCCCAGCCGCUCCGGCAGCGGGGAAACUUCCCUGGACCUCACACUCAUUCUCAUCAUCGCGCUGGGCUCGGUGUCCUUCAUCUUUCUGCUGGCCAUGAUCGUGUUGGCCGUGCGCUGUCAAAAGGAGAAAAAACUCAACAUCUAUACUUGUCUAGCGAGCGAUUGCUGCCUCUGCUGCUGCUGCUGUGGCAGCGGGGGCUCCACCUGCUGCGGCCGCCAAGCCCGGGCGCGCAAGAAGAAACUCAGCAAGUCAGAUAUCAUGUUGGUGCAGAGCGCCAACGUCCCUAGCAACCCAGCCCAGGUGCCGGUGGAAGAGUCCGGGAGCUUUGGCUCCCAUCAUCACAACCAGAACUAUUGCUAUCAGGUUUGCCUCACUCCGGAGUCUGCCAAGACCGACCUGAUGUUCCUGAAGCCCUGCAGCCCUUCCCGGAGUACAGACGCUGAGCACAAUCCCUGCGGAGCCAUCGUCACCGGGUACAGCGACCAGCAACCAGACAUCAUUUCCAACGGAAGCAUUUUGUCCAACGAGAAUAAACACCAGCGAGCAGAGCUCAGCUAUCUAGUUGACAGACCUCGCCGAGUUAACAGUUCUGCGUUCCAGGAAGCUGAUAUAGUAAGCUCUAAGGACAGUGGUCAUGGAGACAGUGAACAGGGAGACAGUGAUCAUGACGUCACCAAUCGUGGUCAGUCAGCUGGUAUGGAUCUCUUCUCCAACUGCACCGAGGAGUGUAAAGCGCUAGGCCACUCCGACCGAUGCUGGAUGCCUUCAUUUGUCCCUUCGGAUGGACGCCAGGCUGCAGAUUACCGCAGCAACCUGCAUGUCCCCGGCAUGGACUCAGUUCCAGACACCGAGGUCUUUGAACCUCCCGAAGCCCAGCCUGGAGCAGAGCGGUCCUUCUCGACCUUCGGCAAGGAGAAGGCCCUGCAUGGCACCCUGGAGAGGAAGGAGCUGGACGGAUUGCUGUCCAAUACACGAGCGCCUUACAAACCACCAUAUUUGAAAAUGCUGUGGAUGCAGCUGCGUGGAGAGGCUCAUUUGACGAAAGAUGGAGGCAAGCAAACAACAACAUGACUGAGCUCAGAAGCCGAUUCUCGACUUGAGGCAUUCGGAUAAGACUGCUCCCCAGCAGACAGCGUGACCGAAAAGCUCCCGUGAGACUUUAGCCGGGCACUAACUGAGCUGCACUAAUUCCAAACCACACAAACUGUGAGAUAAAUGUGGGAGGGUUAUGCUGCUCUCUUCCUGGGAGUCUUGUUUAGCAACAAUAGAUAGCUAAUACAAUAGAUAAUUGAGAAACACAUUGUCCGUUACAGUACUAUAAGCAUUGAAUUUUCUGGUGUGGUGUGGCUAUUUUCUCAAACAACAUAUAUAAUGUGCACUUGUUGUUUCUUUGCUUUGCUCUUCAAUUUUCGCUUCUACUUUACUCCUCAUCACUCACACAACACACACACACACACACACACAAUAUUAAUAUAUUGGCUUAAAAAUAUAAAAUGUUCCCAUCAAGUGAAAUAUGCAUUAACUUUGGUGACUUUCAGUUGUGGGAAUUACUUCUAAUUUUCUUCUUUGAAAGCAUUUACUUUUUCAUAAAACCCUCUGUAGGACAUAUAGCCUUUUAUAUGCAGAUUGGUAUAAUUACACUUUGAAAUAUCUUUGAAUUCCCUGUAGCUUAAACUGAGAACAUGAAAGGCCAAAUGUUAUAUUGAGCUGAAGGAUAUAAAAGUGCGAGUACAUCAAUCCAAAAUGGGAUAUAGAAAUGAAUGGCGCUACACAGCACAGCCUAUUUCUGACAGAUUAUUGAAGAGUCUUUAACUACAGAGACUGUCAUCCCUAGCAAGAGAAUCCUGCCUGGGAAUGGCCUAAUCUGUUCGUGUUUGUUAUCCUUUUUGUACCAAAAUGUAAAUACCUAUGAAGCAAAUCAAGAGACCUAGUGUAACAAAAGCUUUACCUCUUUUCGAGGACAAUGGCACCUAACCUCCACCACAGAGCAGAAUGUUAUAAGGAAGGAAUUAUCUACCCGAUCUAUCAUGCCAGAGAUGUUAAACAUUACAUUUCAGGAAGUCAAUAGAAAACCCACAUGGCAACAGCGAAACUUUCAAGAUCUCAGCAACAAACAAGGAGUUCUCUUCCACGUGGAAGCACGUUCCCACGUCCAGUGUAGGCAUGUCCAGAGUAUUUAAAAGGGAGAGGGAAUUGACAGCACUUCCUGCUAUUGCAGGUGACUGGGAUUCAGUUCUCAGUGGAUACAUGGAGAGUUACGACUCUCCAUUAUUCAAAGUCCAAGCGAUCACAUACCUGCCUCUGGCCGACAUACUCACCAGUGCACAUAAAUACACGCAGGCAAAACACACAUACAUGGAAAUUUAAGCAAAAUGUUGUUUUUAAGAAAAGUAUCCAAAAUGCCUUCAUUCCUUUUUACCAACAAUGGGAAAUUAAAAGAUGCUCAGUGUCUGUGCAAAGCCAAAACUUGCCAUCAACACUUAACUUAUUAGGAACAAAUUACAUGAAACUAACUUUAUUUUAAGAGUAUGUUCUGCUAACUUUUAAUAGUCUAUAAAUAUCAUGAUUGCUUUCACUUAAGUAGAUCUCAUAAUUAGUCUUUUGAAUUAGCUAUACAUAAAGAACCUUUUGUCUUUUUUAUGUAAAGGGCAUGCCUUCUUAUAAAAUUAAAUUCCUUAUAAAUAAAUGAAAAAAAUUCAUCUAAACUGGUUAACAACAACAACAACAUUUUGAAAAUUCAAAACAAAAUGACCUAAAUUCUGGUGUCUCCAGAAUGCAGCAAUUCUAACCAGCUUCACUUGAAAUGAAAGAUAGAAGAUAAACGUUUUGAAUAAGAAAUACUUAUAAACCAGUGGUAAUUCACAGAGAAAUGAGGAGGCAAUGGAUUGUAAUCGUUAUGCAUUCAAUCUAGGCUAGGGAGUUUUCCCACUUUUGGCAUCUUGCACAACCCACCACUUAUUAAUCUUCAAAAUAUGUAUGGAAGGAAAUGAUGAUAAUUCAAGUAGUAUUUUAGGAAAACAUAAUUGUCAGUUUGCUCUGAAACUGUCAUUUUUAAAACACAACAAUCUGAAAUGUCUUUUUUUUUUCUGGGACAAAUGACAAAAUUUUGAAUAUUUGAAUGUUUCAGACAUGCACUAACAAAUUAGUGCAUAUAAGGAAUUAGAACUGUCCUUGAUAACCAACUGAACAAAUA